UUCAGGCUAUUAAAGACAUAUAAGAAGAUAGACAAGUUCAGUUCUGUAAUUUCGCACUUCACGACAAGACAAUGGCGAUUCAGCAACGACGCUGUUGUAAAGCUCUGGAGUCGUAUGAAUCCGGCUGAUCGACAGAUUUUCAAUUUCGAUAUGGAUAACUUGACUUGGGAUUCAUAUCUCAGACACAUGAUACUUGGUAUGCGCGUAUAUAUAACUAAAGAUCCGAUGAGUACCUUAGACAAAGGACGAGAGAAAUAUAGAAAAUUGAAGAUCGCUCACUAUACCCUGUUAACAGUUAUCACGAUUUUACUAGUAUGGGGCUUUAUAAGUUUAAUAAUUCGUAUAAUGUCAUUCUUCUGAUCUUGUAGAAUUUUGUAACAAGUAAUUUAGU